CUUCUUCCCCAUUAGUCCACCAGCCAGCAGCAGCUCCAAAACCCUAGAUCCUUUCCCAUCUCUUCUUUUUUGUUCUCCAGUUGUUGGGAAGGAAGGAAGGAAGGAAGGGAGAGCCUGGCUAGCUUGACUUAUAUAUUUCAUUUCUUGCUUUUCAAGGUUUCCUUCCCCCAUAUCAUUCAUCACUCUGUAAAAAAGGGGGAAAAAUAGAAUAGAAAAAGGAAGGAAAAACAACCCAAACUGUACCCAUUACCCAACACUCACUCACUUCACAACCCCAAACGCACGUAAAGUUAGAGACUUUCCUUUGAUUCUUCCAAAACCCAGUUGCCAGAUCUAUAUGAUUUCUUAAACCCACAUUCUCUCUCGGGUUUUCCUUAAGCUCAUUCAUUCAUCAGUUUACGCGGACAAGAACAGAUAUUAACCGAUUUUUCUCUGUUUGCUGGAUUCUCUUUAAUGCUGUGCUACUAUUCUACCCAUUGGCUAGUUAAUGAAUGAUAUGAAGUAAAUUUCGUAUCUUGGCUCUUGAAUUUGCUUGUUUUGCGUUAUUUUGAGCUGAUUCCCAGCUUGAUUUUGUGCGAUCCGCUUUGAAAUAGGUGAGGGAGUUUACUGGAGGUUUAAAGGAGAUUCUGGGAAAAUUCUCUGGAGCUACAGCAAUCUAAUAUAGAUCUGAGGCUUUUCUAGCUGGCCAUGUUUUCUGCCUGAUAGUCGUACAAAUUGUGGGUUAGUUGUCGGGUUUUUCUUUGAGGAAAUGGCUGUUCCAUCAGGUAAUGUGGCGAUGUCCGAUAAAAUACAGUAUGGUGGUGGCGGCGGCAGUGUGGGCGGUGGCGGCGGAGCUAAUGAGAUCCACCCUCGACAGCAGUGGUUCCCUGUGGACGAGCGUGAUGGGUUCAUCUCUUGGUUGAGAGGGGAAUUCGCUGCUGCAAAUGCGAUGAUUGAUGCUCUCUGCCACCAUCUAAAGGCGGUCGGUGAGCCGGGGGACUAUGAUUUAGCUAUAGGUUGUAUUCAGCAAAGGAGGUACAACUGGAACCCGGUGCUUCAUAUGCAGCAGUAUUUCUCUGUUGGUGAGGUGGUAUUCGCAUUGCAGCAGGUUGUGCUAAGGCGACAACAACAACAGCAGCAGCAACCGCAACAGCACCAGUACAAUAGAUACUAUUCUGAUCAGCCCAGGGCUGGUGCCAAAGAAUUCAAGAGGUCUUUUGGUGGUGCAGGGUUUAACAAAGGCCAUAGAGGGAGUGAAGCACCAAAAGAGUAUGUUCGUACUAGUUUAGAGAGUAACAAUUUAGAUGGCAAUGGUUCAGGAAAUGGAAGUAGUGAGACAAAGGAGGAUCCUAAAUCAGGCGCGAGUAAUGGUAAAAUGGACGUGAAGGUUUCAGCAGUUGCCCAGGAUAAGAAAGAUGCUAACACAUUGCCACACAAGGAUAGCCACUUAAAGAGUGGUCGAACCUCAGAAGAAACUGUGUUUGGGAAUUCAGAACCUGAGUCUGUGGCUGCUGAUGAUCAACUUAUUCCCAAAGAGAACAACUCGGUUAUCAGUCAGAAUCAGAAUGAGAUGCCAAAUCCCAGUGGCAGUCCAAAGACCUUCAUUGGAACAGAGAUAAUUGAUGGAAAGACGGUUAAUGUUGUCGAUGGGUUAAAGAUGUAUGAGCAGUUGCUUGACGACUCCGAAAUUCCGAAACUGGUUUCAUUGGUUAAUGAUCUCAAGGCUGCAGGCAGAGCAGGGAAAUUUCAAGGUCAAACAUAUGUUGCCUCAAGGCGACCUAUGAGAGGACAUGGAAGAGAGAUGAUUCAACUGGGUCUUCCUAUAGCCGAUGGACCUGCAGAAGAAGAAACCCCUAAAGACCAGAAAACUGAACCAAUCCCUCCCCUGUUGCAAGAUGUCAUUGACCGUAUGGUUGGCACACAAAUCAUGACCACAAAGCCAGAUUCUUGCAUGAUCAAUAUUUUCAACGAGGGUGACCACUCGCAGCCUUACAUAUGCCCUUCAUGGUAUGGAAGACCUGUGGCCAUUCUUUGCUUGACUGGGUGUGAGAUGGUGUUUGGUAGAGUGAUUAAUUCAGAUCAUGCUGGAGACUACAGAGGCUCUCUCAAGCUAGCUGCUGAGCCUGGAUCGCUUCUGGUGUUGCAAGGGAAAUCCUCUGAUUAUGCAAGGCAUGCUCUUCCUGCACUUCGAAAGCAGCGAAUUCUCAUCACCUUCACCAAGUCCCUGCCUAGGAAAUUCUCCCCUGGUGAUGGUUCAUCACAGCGUUAUGCACCAUUAUCCAACACAGCAGCCCAUUCAUCCUCUCACUGGGGUCCACCGCCAAGUAGAUCGCCAACUCAUCAUGUUCGUUAUGCUGGGCCAAAGCACUAUGUUCCAACAACUGGUGUACUGCCUGCACCACCGAUUCGAGCUCAUCACCCGAAUGGUGUUCAGCCACUCUUUGUGACUUCUCCAGUUGCAGCACAGGUGCCUUUCCCUUCCCCAGUUCCCAUCCCUCCUCCUGUUUCAGCCACCUGGGCAGCAGCAGCUGGUCAAAGGCACCCCCCACCGCGCUUGCCAACUGUCCUCGUGCCCGUCCCUGGGACUGGCGUUUUCCUGCCUCCAGCAACAAAUGACACUGCUGCUACAGACUCGGUUCCUUCCCCACCUGAGAAAGAAAGGGGGCAGGAGAAGCCUAGUCAGGGAGCGAAGGCCACGUUGAAACAGGAAUGCAAUGGAGAAAAGGCAGCCAAGGCAGAAGAGCAGGUUGCAGAAACUAAUGGAGUGUAGCGAGAGAGAGAGAGAGAGAGAGAGAGAGAGAGAGAGAGAUUUUGGCAAGUGAGAGAAGAGAGUAGGAGAACGGUGGUAAGCAAUGAGUUUGGAACCAAAAAAUGUAAAGAGCGGCGGCGAAACAUUGGAGACUAUUUGACAUGGAUCAUCUCAUAGUUACAACUGAGUGGGGGAGACUGAAAGGAGAUGGUGGGAAGAAGAAGAAGAGCUUGGAGGUAGGAGAUGAUGGUAAGAGAAGCUUUUGGCUGUGGUUCUCUUUUACCAUUUCUCUUUACUUCCCUUUUUUUUCCUAUGUUUCCUGUCUACUCUGAUACUAUUUUUGGUGUCUCAUUAUAUAAUAUAGAAGUACCACUCGCUAGGAUCAAUUCGGUUUUGGAUGAGAAAACCUCAACCUCAUUCUCCUUCCAUUUAACAUCAUUAUAUCAUCACCUAGCCUACUUUUGAUGUUCUUAACAAUGAGAAUCUCUCAUUAUUGUGCUUCCAUGUUGUGUCACCUAGUCUUCAUUCGCUCAUUGUGGUUAUGCUGAAAAGAGGGAUUGCUUGUUCUCAAACGAUUGCACGCUUUGUUGGGUACACGAUCGAUUGCACAUUUACGUAAAUACAAAAUGCGGAUAUGU